AUGAAACCACCUCAAGAACUGGCUGUGAAGCAGCUUCGGGGUCUGGCUUUGGAACCGUCUCAGGCUCUGGUUAUGAAGCUGCUUCGGGGUCUGUCUAUGGAACCGCCUCAGGCUCUGGUUAUGAAGCGGUUUCACGGUCUGGUUAUGGUACCGCCUCCGGCCCUGGCUAUGAAGCUGCUUCAGGGUCUGGUUAUGAAACCGCCUCGGGCCCUGGCUAUGAAGCUGCUUCAGGGUCUGGCUACAAAACUGCAGUUUCUGAUUACGAAAAUAAUCUAA